CGUGUCACGCUCCAAAGUGAUGCAAUGGAGCAAUGCGCUGCGCCUUUAAGGGGGCUUCGCUGCUGCACAUGCUCAGCUCUUCUUUGUGUGGUAGUUUCUCGGCACGGCUCCCCUGCAAAGCUGUAGGGGAGGCUGAAGCAGCAGCAGCAGCAGCAGGAGGGGAAACAGAUACACACGGCGUUGCAAUCCUUUCUGCUGCCUCCAAAAAGGCGGCGGGGUGACGCUCCUGCCCUUCCUGAGGCUUCCUUCUGGGGCGGCUGGGACAGGAACUUUCGGAGAGGUCGGGGGGGGGGAGAGGGAGGGAAUCCGCCGCCCGCAGACGCCUCUGCGCCUCCUCUUCCCCUUCACUUCCAGCUGGGAGCGGGGCUCGGAGCCCCCCAAACCCUUUCUCGGCGCAGUUGCUUCAGCAACGAGUGGCCUGAAGCGGCGGGGACGGAGCCGCGGGGAAUUCCUGCUUUCUCCCGCGCUGGCUGAGGAGGGGCCUGGCAGUCCAGUGAGAGAGAGGGACGGCUCUGCACAGACCCGGCGGAGCGGGAAGGGGGGGGGGAGGAAGAGGAGGGAUUCAGCCCCAGCGAGCCGCCCGCCUCGGAAAAAAGCAGAUUACCAAUUAACCUUUUAAAAAUGGCUGCUUCCAAACUGUCAGCUGGGACAGGAGGAGAGGGCUUUUAACUAAGCAAGCGCGCCCCCCUAGCCCCAUCUCGGCGGGGACGGACGGGCGGGCGAGGAACUCGGGGCCCACUUGGGGCGGGAGGCUCUGAGGGGAUCCUGAGGGCGCUUCUCUUAGCCGCCCGCCCGCCUGUGGGAGGAAGAAGCAUCCCUUCCACCGCCGUCCUUGCCCGGCUGUUGCUGCUUAGAGAGGGCGAGCUACAAAGGAGACUGAGAAAGGGGGGUGCGGAGAGACGGAGAUAUAUAUAUAUAUAUUGGGGGGGGCGGCGCUUGAGGAGCAGCAGCAGCAGCGUUACCCUGAGUGGGUUGAACGGGGGCAUGUCGUGAGGGGAAGCGACAAGGUCAGGAAGGAGCCCAUGGAAGACGGAGGCAAUGAGCCCUGAGGACGACGAGGAAGAAGAGGCGGGAAGGCUGCUGCUGCUGCUGGUGGUGGCGUCGUUUCACCUGAGGGAUAAACGGGAGGUGUUGUGAGGAGCCUGUGGACAGACGGAGGGGGAAGCAGGGCUUGGCGGUCUCCCUUAUUUCGCACUAUAGACCGAAUUAACCAGUUCUCUUCAGGACACAUUUUCCCCAUCGGUCUCUUGUUUUGUGCUGCUUCUUUUUUGAGGAGGGGGCGCGCAGUCUCUGCUCCUCCUCAUCUCUGCGUUCAACUCGCUCUCUCCCUGACCUGGGUGAUGUUCCUGGAGCGGCGGGGCUUGUUUUCCUCCUCGUCAGACCUGCACAAGGAACUGGGUUAAUCUCGCUUCCCGGCCCGCCCGCCCCCCUCCGAGCACCGGGUCCCGGCUCUUGCGGAUGUGCUCUGUGGCAAAGAUGCUGGAUCCUUUGGGAAAAGUCCUGCGCAGGAUAGGAGGCCCUCCUGUGAUCUCUGGUGCCUGGAGACCUUUUUCUUGCUCCUCCUGCUGCUUCGCCACCCUUCUGGAUAUGCACAAUUGGCUGCUUUUCUAUGGAUUACUGUACCUGGUUCUGUAUGCCCAAGUCUCCCAGUCGAAGCCUUGCGAGAGGACCUCCUGCUUCUCGGGCCGAUGUCUGAAUUCUACCUGCAUCUGUGACCAAGGCUGGGUAGGAGACCAGUGCCAGCACUGUCAAGGCAGGUUCAAGUUAACUGAACCUUCUGGAUAUUUAACAGAUGGACCAAUAAAUUAUAAAUACAAAACUAAAUGUACAUGGUUAAUUGAAGGAUAUCCUAAUUCAGUUUUAAGACUAAGAUUUAAUCAUUUUGCCACAGAAUGUAGUUGGGACCAUAUGUAUGUUUAUGAUGGAGAUUCAAUAUAUGCACCUUUAAUAGCAGUAUUUAGUGGUCUUAUAGUUCCUGAAGUACGUGGAAAUGAAACUGUACCUGAAGUUGUUACUACUUCAGGAUAUGCAUUGCUACACUUUUUUAGUGAUGCUGCUUAUAAUCUAACAGGAUUUAAUAUUUUUUACUCAAUAAAUUCAUGUCCCAAUAAUUGCUCAGGGCAUGGAAAGUGUACAACUAGUAGCUCCAUUCCAAGCCAAGUGUAUUGUGAAUGUGACAAAUACUGGAAGGGAGAAUCCUGUGAUAUUCCUUACUGUAAAGCUAAUUGUGGAAGUCCGGAUCAUGGCUACUGUGAUUUGACUGGAGAGAAACUCUGUGUGUGCAAUGACAGCUGGCAAGGUCCUGAUUGUUCUUUGAAUGUUCCUUCAACGGAGUCAUACUGGAUUCUACCUAAUGUGAAGCCAUUUAGUCCAUCUGUAAGCCGAGCUUCGCAUAAAGCAGUUCUACAUGGAAAGUUUAUGUGGGUGAUUGGGGGAUAUGCAUUUAACUACAGCACAUUCCAAAUGAUAUUAAAUUAUAAUUUGGAAAGCAGCAUCUGGAAUGUAGUACCGGUAUCGAAAGGACCUCUUCAGAGAUAUGGACACACUAUUGCUUUAUAUCAGGAUGACAUUUACAUGUAUGGAGGCAAAAUUGAAACAAAUACUGGUAAUGUCACUGAUGAAUUAUGGAUUUUCAACAUACCCAGUCAGAUGUGGAGUACCAGAAUUCCAGCAGUACUUGUUCAUGGCCAGCAAUAUGCGGUUGAGGGUCAUUCUGCACACAUAGUGGAGCUGGAUAGCAGGGAUGUUGUCAUGGUCGUGAUUUUUGGUUACUCUGUCAUAUAUGGUUACACAAGCAGCGUGCAAGAGUACUAUAUCAGGUCAAAUUCUUGGCUUGUUCCUGAAACAAAAGGUGCAAUUGUACAAGGUGGAUAUGGCCAUACCAGUGUCUAUGAUGAGACAACAAAGUCAGUUUAUGUUCAUGGUGGAUACAAAGCUUUGCCUGGUAAUAAAUAUGGAUUGGUUGAUGAUCUUUACAGAUACGAAGUAAACAGCAGGACGUGGACAAUUCUGAAAGAGAGUGGUUUUGCAAGAUAUCUCCAUUCAGCUGUCUUGAUCAGUGGAGCUAUGUUAAUUUUUGGUGGAAACACCCAUAAUGAUACUUCAUUAAGUAAUGGAGCAAAGUGCUUUUCUGCUGAUUUCCUCGCCUAUGACAUAGCUUGUGAUGAAUGGAAAAUUCUUCCAAAGCCUAAUCUUCAUCGUGAUGUGAACAGAUUUGGUCACUCUGCAGUUGUCAGCAAUGGGUCCAUGUAUAUAUUUGGAGGUUUUUCAAGCGUUCUGUUAAAUGACAUCCUUGUGUACAAACCUCCCAACUGUGAAGCAUUCAGAGAUGAAGAGCUUUGUAAAACUGCUGGGCCAGGAUUAAGAUGCUUAUGGAACAAAAACCGCUGUGUGUCGUGGGAAUCUGGUCAUGCUAACAACAUUCUUAGGGCAAAGUGUCCCAGAAAAACAGCUGCGGCAGAUGACAGAUGUUACAGAUAUGCAGACUGUGCCAGCUGUACUGCCAAUACAAAUGGCUGUCAAUGGUGUGAUGACAAGAAGUGCAUUUCUGCAAACAGUAACUGCAGUGUGUCUGUGAAAAACUACACCAAAUGUCAUGUAAGAAAUGAACAGAUCUGUAAUAAGCUGACAAGCUGUAAAAGUUGUUCACUAAACCUCAACUGCCAGUGGGACCAACGACAGCAAGAAUGCCAAGCAUUACCAGCUCAUCUGUGUGGAGAAGGAUGGAAUCAUGUUGGAGAUGCCUGUCUUCGUAUAAACUCUAGUCGUGAAAACUAUGACAACGCGAGACUUUACUGCUAUGGCUUACAUGGCAUCCUUGCUUCAUUAACAACAUCAAAAGAAGUUGAGUUUGUUUUGGAUGAAAUACAGAAAUAUACCCUCCAGAAAAUAUCACCCUGGGUUGGGCUACGGAAGAUCAACAUCUCCUAUUGGGGAUGGGAUGAUAUGUCUCCCUUUACGAACACAACAUUGCAGUGGCUUCCUGGAGAACCAAAUGACUCUGGAUUCUGUGCCUAUCUUGAAAGGGCAGAGGUUGCUGGUCUGAAAGCAAAUCCAUGUACGGCGAUGGCCGAUGGCCUCGUAUGUGAGAAACCUGUUGUUAGUCCAAAUCAAAAUGCAAGGCCCUGCAAAAAGCCAUGUUCCUUAAGGACGACGUGUUCAAACUGCACAAGCAGUGGCAUGGAGUGCAUGUGGUGUAGCAGCACAAAGCGAUGUGUUGAUUCAAAUGCCUACAUAAUCUCCUUUCCAUAUGGGCAGUGUCUAGAGUGGCAGACUACCACCUGUUCUCCUCAAAACUGCUCUGGAUUGAGAACGUGUGGACAAUGUUUGGAACACCCAGGAUGUGGAUGGUGCAAUGAUCCCAGCAACACAGGCAAAGGCCAUUGUGUGGAAGGGUCUUCAAGGGGGCCAAUGAAGUUGAAUGGGAUACAUUCUACUGAGAUGGUUCUUGACAACAAUCUUUGUCCCAAAGAGAAAAAUUAUGAUUGGUCUUUUAUCCAGUGCCCAGCUUGCCAGUGCAAUGGACAUAGCACCUGUGUUAAUGGUAAUGUUUGUGAUCAGUGCAAAAACCUAACUACAGGAAAACAGUGCGAAACAUGUAUGCCAGGAUAUUAUGGAGAUCCAACAAACGGUGGGCAGUGUACAGCGUGCACAUGCAGUGGACAUGCAAAUAUUUGUCACAUGCAAACAGGAAAAUGUUUCUGCACAACUAAAGGGAUCAAAGGAGAUCAAUGUCAACUUUGUGACUCUGAAAACAGAUACCUUGGUAAUCCACUCAGGGGAACAUGCUACUACAGCUUACUGAUUGACUAUCAGUUUACCUUCAGCUUAUUACAAGAAGAUGAUCGCCAUCACACUGCCAUAAACUUCAUUGCAAAUCCUGAACAGUCAAACAAAAAUUUGGACAUAUCAAUUAAUGCAUCAAACAACUUCAACCUGAAUAUCACUUGGUCAAUUGGCUCUACAGCUGGAACGAUAUCAGGAGAAGAGAUUCCUGUAGUUUCAAGGGCUAAUAUAAAGGAAUACAGAGAUAGUUUUUCCUGUGAAAAAUUCAACUUUCGGAGCAACCCAAACAUCACUUUCUAUGUAUAUGUCAGCAACUUUUCAUGGCCAAUCAAAAUACAGAUCGCAUUUUCACAACACAAUACCAUCAUGGACCUGGUACAGUUUUUUGUUACCUUCUUCAGCUGUUUCUUGUCGUUGUUGUUGGUCGCUGCCGUGGUCUGGAAAAUCAAACAAACCUGCUGGGCUUCUCGACGAAGAGAGCAACUUAUGCGGGAGCGGCAGCAGAUGGCCAGCCGUCCCUUUGCUUCUGUGGACGUAGCACUUGAAGUAGGAGCUGAGCAAACAGACUUUCUACGAGGGCCAUUAGAGGGUUCUCCAAAGCCAAUUGCCAUUGAGCCUUGCUCAGGAAACAAAGCAGCAGUACUUACGGUGUUUUUAUGCCUGCCAAGAGGAUCAUCAGGAGUCCCACCACCUGGUCAGUCAGUUAAUUGUACUGCUUUGAUAACAAGGAACAGUGUUGGGCCUAGAGAACACGGACUGGCAAUUGCAAGUGCACUGAUAGACAUUUCACAACAGAAGCCCUCAGAGUGUAAAGAUAAGAGUUCGGCAGUCAGAAAUCGAAAACACCACCUUUCAACACGUCAAGGAACUUGUGUCUGAGAUUAAAAUAACACAUUUGUAUAUUCUGUAAUGUUUUUCUUUCUUUUUUCUUUUUUAAAGAGCUUCCAUUGUAAGCUAAAAUACAGCCUCAGGUUUUAUGGAGGCAACCUCUGGAUGGUGGUAAGAAUGGUGGUAAGAACCUCCAGGCUCAGAUAGAUUAGCACCUUCUUUCCGCUGUGCCCCAAAGCAGGGCAUCUGGAAUGACAAAGGUGAAUAUACUGGAGGACCUUAUGAAAAGAUUCUGACAUCAGUAAUGAUAUGAAAAAUACUUCUCCACACUUCUUGUUAUUCAUAUCAGGAAAUAAAGAAAAAUGUCUGGGAAAAGAUAGUACAUUGUUUUAUAAUGUGGAAGAAAAUAUAUCAUGGAAAAUUAAAGUAAGUCUAAAGGACUUGUUAUAUAGCUAGAAGUGUUGAGUUAUUCAGUUUCUCAGCUUGAUUAGUGCUGAGAUACACACACUUAAGAAAGCAGAAACUGACAUUAUUAGGGAUAUAAAUAAUAUUAUCAUUACCCUGAUAUGAAGGCAUAAUUUGAACUUUGUGAUAGGCAGAUAUAGCAAAAACCAUGUAUUUCAAUGAGCCAGAUGUAACAAAAAAACCUCUAAAAGGAUUUAUGCAUAUCAAAGAUUUCUGCCUUCCAAAGGACCCUGCCACAGUCUAAGGUCUGAAGCAGGAUAAAGACUGGACUUUUCUACUAUGUAAGAAUUCAGAAUGGUGAAUACAGCAAAGAGUACGUGCUUGUCUUCCAUGCUAACCAACUAACUCAUUAUCAGAUCUGACUGAGUUUGGGAAAGCGUGUCCGGCAGCCAAGAUCCCUUUUUCCCCAAUAGCCAUCUCCAAAAUUGCAAGACCCAGGAGAACAAAAAUUGCAAGACUCUCUGCAGAAGAAUAUCUGAUGCUUUUUUAACUAACAUAAUUGUGAAGGCUGAAGUCAAAUGUAGCUUUAAGCAUCCUGACGUCUAUUGAUUACAAUAGUCUCAAGCAUACUCAAGUUUGUGACAAAUGGCCUCAAUGUCCAGUGUUAAAAUUAAUGCCAUAUCCGCUUAUUUGCAGAAUAAUGUUCCCCUGGCCACACUUACCCCUUUAUCACAGUUAUUUAAAAGUCCUCCCUCUCAGAGCAACAGAUCCAAGCUCUUCGUAUUCAUUGCAUUUAAGUAAUUCCACUGUACCCUAAAAUAAAGUCCCCAGUGGCUUGUAUGAAGUUUUAUCACUUGGAACUCUUGGAAUGACUUUUCUGUAUGUGAGAUCACCUUAUCAACAAAAGCUAAAUUUUUUGGCUAUUUUAAAGAAAAUAUCAAGCAGUGUCCUUGUUUUAUUUUCAUUAUGCAGUUCAGCCCUUCCAUUUACAGAAGGAACAAUGAUCCAGCAGAGGUAACUACUCACAGAUGAGGGGGACCAAUUUUUGGCCAUUUUCCCUCCAGCUGCCACACCACCUCCCAUGUUGUUUUGGAAAUUCCCCCAACUCUCUGAUCAUAAGUGGAAUGCCACAAUAGGUGAAUGAUAAGGUGGUACCCAACUAAGUCAUACUCAGAGUAGACCCACUGAAAAUCAAUGGGCGGGGUAUAAAUAAUAAAUUAUUAUUAUAAAUUAUUAUUAUUAUCAAAUCCAUUUGUUUCAAUAGGUCUAUUCCAGUUAUAACUAAUGUUGGAAUCCAACCAUAAUAUUUAAUGUAAAAGUUGUUUGCGGAAGGUGGCGGCAGAUGAAGCACGUUUAUAUUUAGGCUUAAUGUCUCAAAUUCAGGGAACGUUAAAUGAAUUCAAAAUCAAUUAAAUUUACAUAUUUAAUUCUUCAACUUAAGCAUCACUGAAAUGAAAAAGACUAAAUCUACAAUUUUCUUUGGAGCUGAGCUGCAGUCUGAAUUGGUCACGGCAGGUUCCCCACCCAGUCGUCUUGCAAGAACUUCCUCAUAAGGGCAAAGUAGCAGUCCUUAGUUUGACAGCUGCCUGUAUGGGAGUUAUCUAUCAGCAGAGGUGUAAACUCUUACUUAAAGUGGAGUUGUGCUAAUUAUGAAAGCUAUACAAAUAUAACUGAUGUUUAUAAUUAUACCUGCAUUUUUUAAUUAAAAAAUCAUUUUAUUUCCGGAAGGGGGAGACAUUUCACUGUUUACACUUUGACUACAUAGUUACUUGCAUGCCAAGAUGGUGCAGUAGCAGUAAUAACGCCCUGUUUGUGAGUUGGUAGGUGUUUUUCUUUUGUAUUAUCAUUUGACUACUUAAUUUGGAUGAGGACUGAAUGUAUAAAAAAAGAAAAGAAUUUAAAUACAUCAAAAGGAACUGUUGUACAGUAUGUAGUUCCCUCUCAUCCGAGGUCAUUAGGUUACAUUUUAUCAUGACUGCUAUGCUGUUUUAAUUAGUUGCACAUUGAUAAAUUAUGCUGGCAUGAUUGUUGAAAUAGUUUCACAUUUCAAAAGGAGACCUGAUUCUUAUGCUGAAGUUAUGUUGUCACAGUGUGAUGAUUUUUGUUGACUGUUCUUACCUCACUUUGUUGUUAUUCUAAACAAAGGACCCAGUUCUGCAAGCACUUAUAUGCCAAUAUGUUCUAUUCAUAUGAUCCUAUUUACAUAUAAUUUUUUCCAGAAUUAGGGCAAAAUUGACUUCUGUCAGAAAUUAUCAAAAAAAGAAAUAUUGUAACUCCAAUAAGAGUCUGUUUUUUUCUUAAAAAAGAAAACCCUUCUGUCAUUGUAAUGUUGAUUUGCUUAAAGAAAACAAAUCAUUAGAAUUGGCAUGUAUGAUGAGUAAGAUGAUUAUUUGAAGAAAGACAAAAGAGAAAUAAAAGACUUGGCUAUAAAUUUCCUAA